AUGGCAGAGAAUAACCCCGAUGUAAUGAACCACCUGGCAUCGAUAUUGGGUCUAUCAUCCGAGCUCCAAUUCUACGACGUCUAUUCCCUAGAUGACCCUGACCUAAUCGCACACAUCCCUCGACCUGCUUUAGCACUGCUAGUCAUCAUUCCACUGACGCCAGCUUGGGAUCGAAUUCGCAAGGCCGAAGACGCUGAUAAAGAAUCUUACACUGGCGCCGGCCCUGACGAGCCAGUCAUCUGGUUCAAGCAGACCAUCGGUCACGCCUGCGGCUCGAUUGGCCUACUACAUAGCGUAAUCAACGGCCCAGCCGCUGACUUCAUCAAGCCUGAUUCUGAUCUCGCUAUGUUACGGAACUCCGCCAUACCACUGAAAAUGGCCGCACGUGCGGAAAUGCUGUACAACAGCGAGCCAUUCGAGCGUGCUCACAAGUCAGUCGAGCAGGCUGGCGACAGCUAUGCGCAUCCUGCAGAUGAGCGUGACGGUGGGCAUUUUGUGAGUUUUGUUAAGAGCGGUGGCAAACUUUGGGAGCUUGAAGGAUCGAGGAUGGGUCCGCUGGAGAGAGGGAGUCUUGCUGAUGAUGAGGAUGUUCUUAGUUCACGAGCGCUUGACAUGGGUAUCAAGAGGAUCAUCAGGUUGAAUGAAGAUGAGGGGGGAGAGAACCUUCGAUUUAGCUGCAUAGCUUUGGCCCGCAAACCUUAG